ACGCUUCGGUUCCUCUGCCUCCUCCGGCUGCUGCCUCCGCUGCUGCCUCCUCCUUCCCCACCUCCUCCGUCAGGCGGGCGUCUGCGGGGGCCCGAGGGGCGGCGGCGGCAGCGGCGGCAGCGACAUGGAGCCGGAGGCCGGCGACCGAAGCAGUGCUGGCAGGCACAGGGCCGGGCCCCCGAGCACUCCGCCGCCCCGGGAGCAGGAGCGGAAGCUGGAGCAAGAGAAGCUCUCCGGGGUGGUGAAGAGCGUCCACCGGAGGCUUCGCAAGAAGUACCGGGAAGUGGGAGAUUUUGAUAAGAUCUGGCGAGAACAUUGUGAGGAUGAGGAAACACUUUGUGAAUAUGCUGUUGCAAUGAAAAAUUUGGCAGAUAACCAUUGGGCAAAAACUUGUGAGGGCGAAGGUCGUAUUGAAUGGUGUUGUAGUGUAUGCAGAGAAUAUUUCCAAAAUGGUGGAAAGAGAAAAGCACUUGAAAAGGAUGAAAAAAGAGCUGUACUCGCCACUAAGACCACUCCAGCCUUAAGUACACAUGAGUCUUCUAAACUUGAAGGUCAUUUAACCAACCUCAGCUUUACAAACCCUGAAUUUAUAACUGAGUUGCUACAGACCUCAGGAAAGAUCAGAUUACUUGAUGUUGGCAGCUGCUUUAACCCAUUUCUGAAGUUUGAAGAAUUUCUAACUGUUGGCAUAGAUAUUGUACCUGCUGUAGAGAGUGUAUAUAAAUGUGACUUCCUGAACUUGCAGCUUCAGCAGCCACUCCAGCUUGCACAGGAUGCUAUAGAUGCCUUUUUAAAGCAGCUGAAAAACCCUAUUGAUUCUCUUCCUGGAGAACUUUUCCAUGUGGUUGUUUUCUCUCUCCUUCUUUCUUAUUUUCCAUCACCUUACCAACGAUGGAUUUGCUGCAAGAAAGCCCAUGAACUGUUAGUGUUAAAUGGUUUAUUGCUUAUCAUCACACCUGAUUCCUCCCAUCAGAACCGUCAUGCUAUGAUGAUGAAAAGCUGGAAGAUUGCUAUAGAGUCCCUGGGCUUUAAACGUUUCAAGUAUUCAAAGUUUUCACAUAUGCAUUUGAUGGCAUUUAGAAAAAUCUCCCUAAAGACCACAAGUGACUUGGUUAGUAGGAACUACCCAGGGAUGUUAUAUAUUCCUCAAGAUUUCAACAGUAUAGAAGAGGAGGAAUAUUCUAACCCUUCCUGCUACGUUCGAUCAGAUAUAGAAGAUGAACAACUAGCAUAUGGUUUCACAGAGCUCCCUGAUGCUCCAUAUGACUCAGAUUCUGGAGAAAGUCAAGCCAGCUCUAUUCCUUUCUAUGAGCUAGAAGAUCCCAUAUUACUUUUAAGUUAAUAUCAAAGUAAAAGGCCCUUUCAGUCCAGACUCCUAAACUAAUUGCUUACACUAAUCAGAAAUACUAACAUGAACUCAGUACUUAAAACCUGGUUUGCAUAGAAAAAAUGCAAAGGUUUACAGAGUUUGCUAUUUUUUUCUACUUCUGGAUUUUAAAAUUUAUUCUUAUAUAGAAAGCUUAAAGUUUCAUGCAGAGUGACUCCUGUCAUAGCAGAAACCACUGUUACUUUAGCAUUUAGCACUAAGAUAUCAUAGAAAGGUACCUUUUUUUCUUUAGUGCUAUUGUGAAAAAUGAAGCAUAACUUGCUAUGUAUUUUCCCUUUUUUAAUCUUCUCAGUGUUGACUUUAAACCAUUGCAAUGAGAAAAGAUAUGUAGAAAGCUGUAGCUUGCACUUUGAUGACUCACAAGUUAAAUGUGACACAGAUAGAUUGGUUUAGUUGUUUUGUGAUGCACUUACUCUCUUUUCUAGCUAAAUUGUUAUCUGUUACAGAAAGCCAUUUUCUGUUCAGUUUUGUCUGAUGACCAGCAUUUCUUCAACUUUUUAGAAUUCAUCUUUUUUUUUUUCUCCCUCUCUUUUGCUCAUUUGGCAGCAGACACUUGGGGAAAGAUUUCUAAUCUUUCUAGUCCCCCAAGUAUUUCUAAUCCCCCAAGUAUUCUAAUUCCAUCAGUACAAGACAAUAAACACCAUUGCCAAAGUAGAAUGAUAUGUUCAUAUCUUUCAUAUUGAUUUAGGCCUUGGUGUUAAGUGUAUCUAACUGUGAGAAUUCACUCUUUUUUAAAUUUAGAUUUCAUUUCCAGAAUUUUCUAUUUAAGCAAGGGGCAAUACUCAAUCCUGACCUGAAACACCUUGGUGAAAGGGUUUGCACUUGUCAGAGUUUAUGUUCUGUCUAGACCAACCAUGUUAGGGUCCUCACCUUUCCAUUAAGGAGGUGGCUGCACUACUAGUCUGGAAUUACAUAGAAAAAUUUUAAAUUAACCCUCUGCUAGUGAGCUCAUAACAUGGUUUUGACCUUUCGGUAUUCUAAUUUCUAUCAGAAUUCUAGCAGAAAAUUUUCUUUGAAUACAUAAACCAUUAGUUGGCUGUGGGAAUUUUCCCUUUCCACAAUAAGUGACUUUCUGUGUUUCUGAAUCAGAAGCAAGUGAUUAAGGAGAAAAUUAUGUCCAAACAAGACAAGAUUAGUUUAAAUAGCUGAGAACAUUUAGUCCACAUUGUCUUGUCAGCCAGCAAUUGUCAUGUAAACUAUCAUUUUUAAGAGUGCCACUGUGUGGAUUUUUUUUCAAGUGGUUGAUACAUUAAAAUUACCUCAUACUGAGGUUUUUGCACUGAAAUAUCACAGUUUCAGAAUUCAUGGUUAAUGUUGUGUGUGUGUAUGUGUGUGUGUGUGUGUGUGUGUGUGUGUGUGUAUGUAUUUUUAAAGGAAACUUGCAUUUUCAAUAGUUGAUCCUAAAUUUCAUAAACUGCACUUCUUUGGUAAAACUGACGUUUUGUGCUUAUUGUGAGUUGCCGUAGUUAACUUUGAAUGUCAAGCUUUAUUUAGAAAUACAAAAUUUACCCUUUAAGAUAUAAAUGAUUGCGUAUAUAUGCCCAAUAUUUCAAAUUAAAUUUCACAUUCUAAAUUAAUGAAAGUUACAGGAUUGUAAUUAACCUACAAAGGUCAGUUGACUAAAUGUAAUAUCGAUUACUCAAAUAUGCGAGAAAUAACAUGAAAUGUUUCAUUUACUUUCAAUAGCUUAAGAGUCAAUAAUUAGGAUUGACUUUUCUUUCCAAUUAAGCACUAUGAGUCACAUCUUGUAGCUCCCACAAAAGAAGGAAAAAAAAAAAAAGCGUUAAGGUAACACAAAACUGUGUUUUGGUAGUACCUCUUUUACCUUACUGCCCAUUUCCUUUGGUUUGGCUAAAUACUAUCUUAAGGGCAAAGAAAACAAUGCAUCUCAUUAAAGUGCUUUGAAAGUAAAUGACAACAUUGGUUUUGAGAGGCUGGUGUAAGUAUGACCUUGGAGUCAGCCUUUGUGUUACAGCUAAAAUGUUGGUGCUAUAAAUUCCUCUGAUUGUUUACAGAUGUUGAUUCUGCUUAUGCUCCAAAGUGUGCAUGAUGUAUUUUAAGUAGUACUUUAAAGAAAAGUCUGUUUAUAAAACCUACUCCCACUUAGUAUAAAUUUGUUUGGAUUUAUAAAUAUCAUUUGUUACUGUAAAUUCAGCUUCAAAUUAGGUUAGUACAGAAUUUAAACUAAUACAUUUUCCACCAAAGCCAAUUAACGUUUAAGUGUUAAAAUAUAAGCAGUCCUGCGGCUUGCUGCCAGAUUGUAUAUGUAAUGAGAGGAGACGUUAACAGAGCCUUCUAAUACUGUAUUGGUACUCCCAAGAAUGAUUUCAUUUGGAUCCAAGUUUUAAGGGGUCUCCUGUCUCACAACAGGAGUCUCCAAAAGAAUUUGGAGUUUCAAAAAUAAAUGAUCAUUUGGUUAGAUUCUUCAGGAUCAUGACUAGAUCAAAAGUGGUUUAUAUCAUAGUUGCCAAACAGUGGGAGGUGGCAUACCUGAAAAAUGUAUGUUUGUGUUUGUUGUAUUUUUUCACUUUUUGUGAACAAAGCACAUUUAUUAAAAAUUUUAAAUUUUCUAAUA